AUGUCCUUAACGUCUCAGAAGCAGGACUAUCUGAACCCACUCUCGCAGCUGUUGCCGACCAAUGCCAACCCCACUGAUAUUCUAGCUGCCAGAUUCACGUCUUGGAGAGCGAUUAUCAAAGGUUUGAUAACAUACUUGAAGGAUGUUAUCCUGGUACACGAGGAGGCAGUGUUGCAACAAGUGAGGCUCCAACAUAGCAUCUCUAACAACUUCCCAUUGAGUGAUGGCUCUAAUAUGAUCGCCAAUCCUCAAAACAACGGAAACAAUGGUACCAAUCCAACAGGCGCAAUGGCAAACAACACAAUUGAAGAGAUUAAUAGUAUCAAGAAAUUUUUCUUACCAUUUGGGAAUGGCUCUAUCGUUGAUGUUGCAAAUUCUUUAAAUGAGUAUCACAAAAUUCAAGGGAGCUAUACCUCGAGGACCGCCAAAGAAUUGGCUACCACAAUUGUUCCAAGAUUGGAAGACCUAAGAAGAGAUUUGUCCAUCAAAAUUAAGGAAAUUAGGAACUUAAGCUCAGAUUUUAAGAAUACUAUAUCAAAAGAGGUUGCCCAAACCAGAAUAGACUUGGGGGAGUUCUACAAAUCCAUUGAUCAAGUUAAGUCUAUUGGCUCCAAGAAUUCACCAGCAAAGGAAGACCCUUUUUUAACCAAGAUUUAUUUAGAUAGACAAAUCAAAAAGCAAUUAUUAGAGGAAAACUAUCUCCACGAAGCGUUUGUGAAUAUCCAGACUUCUGGUAAAGAAUUAGAAAAGUUGGUUUUCAUGGAAAUACAGAAUGUUUUGAAAGUUUAUGCCAGAUUAGUUGGUGAAGAAAGUCAAGUUAUAUUCAAUGCUUUGAUUCCAAAACUUGACGAUGGUUUUCUUGCAAAGCCAUCUGAUAGUGAAUGGGACUCAUUCAUCAAGCAAAACCCAAAUAAUUUCAUCAAUACUGACGCUAUCAGAGCCCGGAAGUUUUCAGAUAUAUCCUAUAAAUACAUUAUUGAUCCUUUAAUCCUUGAAGUUCGUUCUUCAUUCCUUGAAAGAAGAUCAAAAUUUUUGAAAUCAUAUGCGAGAGGCUGGUACGUGUUGACCCCAACCGCGAUUCAUGAAUUUAAAUCGUCAGACAGAAAGAAAGAUAUCAACCCUGUGUUGUCUCUUUCUCUUGAUGAUUGUCAAGUUUCUGAACAUUCCAAGAAGGAUACUGCUAACCCAAAUACUUGGCAUAAAUUUGUAUUACAUACAAAACAGAAUGGUAUAAUUCAUAGAGGCCAUAAUUGGGUUUUCAGAGCAGAAUCUUAUGAUUUGAUGAUCAGUUGGUACAAUGAUAUAAAGAAGUUGACUCAAUUGCCAACCCCAGAAUCCAGAGCUCACUAUAUUGCAGAAAAAUUACAAUUACAGCAACAAAAAAAUAACAGAAAGUCUUUACAACUUCACUCCAGCUCUAAUUUGAGUUUGGCUUAUAAUGUGACUCAAAGGGAUUUGAAUAAUAAAAGCAGAAACUCUGAUAAACGUAUGAGUGCUCCAGUUGGUCCAUUGUCUCAUACACAAGGCCAAUUCAGUGCUACACUUGGUAAAUCACAAAAUGAUGAUGAUGAAGGUAGCUUAGUGACGAGGGAUGGGAUUAUAAUGACACCGGUUGACUCUAUGGAUGAUGAUAAGCAACAACAGCAGCAGAAACAGCAGCAACAGCAGCAAAUCCCACAAAUUCAGUAUCCUCAGGCUCAAUCUGUCCCUUUUGAAAGUCCUCAGCACCAGAGAUCACUUAGUUUACAGCAACAACCUCACCAAUCUAUGCCAGCAGGUAGCAAUCCAUACUAUGUCACUAGUAAUUCUCCAGCUCCUCUCCAAAGAUCAGCCUCGCUCGCAGUUCAACCGGUAAAUAUGGUUUUGCCAAAUGGGAAUAUCGCCCAAUCGGCAAUGGCUAAAGGCAUGGUAACAAGCUUAUCAAAUAAUUCACAGGGCAUGUUGAAUAGAUCUAUGACGAUGAUGGCUUCAAAUAAUUACAUCCCGCAACAGCCACAAGGGCAAAUUCCUCAGCAACAAUCAUACAUCCCCGUGGAUGGAACAACCCCUCACCAACAGCAGUAUAUUCCAGUUGAUCCAAACUACCAGUUGCAACAACAAUUACAGCAACAACAACAACAGCAAUACAUGAUGUUGAAUAAUGGUAAUGGCUAUCUUACUCCUCAAGAUUUCCAUUCAAUUGGUCCUGCGAUCUCUAAUAAUACCUAUAUUUCUAACAGUGUCCCAUAUAAACAGUCAGUCCAGGCGCAAAAUGGUGGGAACAGUUUCACUAGCCAAAAUUAUAAAACUAUAAAUGCACAAUCUGGAGUUUUAUCUGAUAAUGGCUCAAAUACUAUUACUGGGGCAAGUCCAAUAGAACAAGCUAGUGGGCAGUUUAGUCAAAUGAACUUAUCUGGCGAUAACAAAAACGCGCCAAGUACAAUUGUUGAGUCAGAUACCGUUGCUGAUGAUAAUAGUGUCAUUAAUCAUCCAGUUGGUGGGAUUGAGGGAUCUCAGAUUAUCAAUGAGAAGCAUGUUGGUCACCAAGUGGACGAAUCUUUUGGGACAAAUGCUACUACUUUUGUUCAAAAUAAUAAUAGUUUCACAUUGAAUUGA